AUGAUUGAUCCUCUUGCGAUCUGGAGCGCAUCUAGAGUUGUAUCUCUUGGGUCCUGUGCUCUUUCUUCCUACUUCAUUCCGCACCACGACUACUCUUACUCUCUACUCGGCGAUUCUAGUCCUUUUCUUUUCCUGGUGCGCUGGGAUGCCAUCUUCUUCUACAAAAUAGCCAGGGACGGGUACAUAACAGAGAAUAUGACUGCUUUCUUUCCCCUGUACCCCAUGCUUAUCAGAGCUCUAUCGCACUGCGGUCUUUCCAUGGUAUCUGCAGGCGCUGUAAUAUCCAAUCUUUCGUUCCUCAUUUCUUCUCUUAUUCUCUUCAGAAUGACUGAGAAGUACCUGGGCAGAGAUAGCGCUGUGAAGGCAUGCUUUCUCUUCUGUUUCAGCCCCUGCUCCAUUAUUUACUCUUCUCUGUACACUGAGUCUUUGUUCAGCAUGUUUGUGCUUCUGUCUAUAAAUAGCGUGCUCUCACAGGAUGCUCUCUCUGCUGUGUGGAUGGUUUUGGCCUCCACUGUUAGAUCAAAUGGAUUUAUCCUGGCUCCUGUGGUAUUCCUUGGGCUAGCAGGAGCAUACUCCUAUUUAUCGAGCGCUGUGCUGUCUCUAUUGCCUAUCCUCGUCUUUGCAGGCAUACAGCUGUACUGGUGGGUUGCUAGAUUCCCGUAUAUAACCACGCUGCCUUAUUCUUACAUACAGAGCAAAUAUUGGGAGCAGGGAUUUCUCGAGUUCUACAGACACGGCAAGAAUAUUCCCAACUUUCUUGUUGGGUUUCCGUUCAUAAUACUCUCCUGCUGUGUUAUGGGCAGCUAUUUGCUCAGAGAGAAAAGUUUUCUGUACUCUCUUUGUAAGCAGGCGACUGGGCACGUGGUGAGAGCAAGAAAAAACAAAAGAUCGGAAAUAAAGGGGAAGGAACAGAAGGAGAACAGAGAUAGAUCUGCUCUGGGCGAUGAUAUUCUAACACAGAAGAUCGGACAGACCGCAGCAGAAGAUGGUAAGAUGCAGCAGAAGAAGAGAGGCUCUGAGACAUUCCCGCUUAUUAGGAUGUUCUUGCAGUGUGUUCUUUUGUUCCAGGUGUUUCUAUCGAUUUUCUUCAUCCACAUGAACAUGCACUUCAGGUUUGUGUCAUACAACCCCGUCAUCUACUGGGAGCUCUCUGAGAUCUUCCAGAAGGGCGGGAUAUGGAGGCUAGGCCUCUUUGGCUAUGUGUGCUUUGGCAUUGCAUAUGCAGUGCUCUAUGGAGCAUACUUCCCUCCGGCAUAG